CGCAGCGCCUGUCCAUCCUCGCAGACCGCGCGCGUUCAGGAGCAACGGCGAUAGAAACCAAACCAACACCCAGCAGAACCCACCAGCCAGACUUCAGGACCCUCAGCGCGGGGAGAUCUGCUCUCCGGUCCGGUGCGCGCGGCGAGGCAGGCGCUGUCCGAGGCUCAGAGUUCGUGGGUUCGGUCCCCGGGCGGUGAAUCGCGAGGCGAGGCGAGGCUCGGGCUCUUUGUCUGCGGGUCGCUGUUGUCGGAGCGGAGCGCAGCGCAGCGGAGCGAUGGGAGCGCAGUUCUCCAAAGGCGCCGCGAAGGGCGAGACCGCGGCGGCGGACACACCCGGAGAGGCGGCGGCCUCGUGCAAACCCAACGGCCAGGAGAACGGCCACGUGAAGGUGAACGGCGACGCGUCUCCUGCAGCGGCGGAGGGGAAGGAGGAGGUGCAGGCUAACGGCAGCGCGGCGGCAGAGGAGCAGCCCAAAGAGGAGGAGGGCGAGAAGGCCGAGGCCGUGGUAGCUCCGGCUGAGAAGGAGACAGGAGAGGGAGAGCAGGAGAAGGAGGCGGAGAAAGAGAAGGAAGAGGGAGAAUCUGCCACUGCUGCGCCGGCUGAGGGCGAGGCUGCCACACCCUCCACCAGCAACGAGACACCCAAGAAGAAGAAGAAGCGCUUCUCCUUCAAGAAAUCCUUCAAGCUGAGUGGCUUCUCCUUCAAGAAGACCAAGAAGGAGACAGGAGAGGGAACCGAGGAGGCCGCGGGCGCUUCAGACGAAGCAAAGGCGGAAGGAGGCGAAGCUUCUGGCGAGGAGGCAAAGCCUGCCAGUGAGGAGACCAAGCCCGAGGCGGACGAGGGCGCCGCGGCGACCAGCCUGGAGAAACCCGAGGCCAAGGAGGCAGAGAAACCAGCGGAGGAGCCCAAAGCUGCCAGCCCGGCUGAGGAGGCUCCUAAACCGGAGGAGAAACCGGCCGAGCCCGUGGACGAGCCCGCUCCCACCGCCGUCCAGGAGGAGGCGCCAAAGCAAGAGGAAGCAGCUCCUGCCGCACAGGAAGCGGAGUCCAGUCCAGUGACGACCGCCGAGCCUGUGGCGGAGUAACACACACACACUCACAUACACACAUUCUCACACACACACACACACGCAUACUCAUACACACACUGAGACACACACACAUUGACACACACACUCACUCAUGAAAAAUAAAAAACACAGAAAAAGGAAAAUCAAAGAUCGAGAACGUUUCCCUGUUUGGACGCUGGAGUUGGUUCCGGGUCCAGAGGCUUUGGAGAACUUUGUCUAGAGCCAGGGAUCUUUUACAGCUUUUAUUUUUAUUUCUUUUUCUUUUCUCUUUUAUACACCCCCCCCAAAACUCCACCCUCGGGAGCCGAGCGGUGGACGGCUACACUGUAGAGAAACGCGUCCUCUUCGUUUGGCCGAGAGUUGCUGGCGUCAGUAUUCGUUUUGUUGCCUUUUCUUUUUUGCAUUUUUAUACAAAAAAGGGGAAGAGAGUAAAUUAGUCUGCCCUCGGCAUGAAGCAGGCGGGAGGGGUUUGGAGGGGACAUGGGGCGGGGCGAAGGAGGGCACCAUCGUGCCUGGGAUUCGUGCCACAGACUCACUGUGGAAGAGUAGUCGUGAAUAAAGAGUGACCAGCUACAAUCGCACCGCAGUUCACAACACUACAGGCGUUUCUGCACUCGGCCGGUGUGUCCGGCUCCCAGCGCUAGUUACUAGGACGACGUUUUAACGGUAGGAUCUCCGCUCUUUAGCUGUCUCAGUGGUUUGUGUAGGACGCUGGGCCUGGUUCCGGCUCUCCGGGCCUGGUUCCGGCUCUCCGGGCGCGAGGACGUGUAAGUAUGUAUAGGAGGGUGUUUUUAACUGUGAUUUAUUGUACAAAUGAAAUGUGGAUCUGGAGAAGCACACGCAGCUCUCUCACCACCGAGCUGGAUUUUGUAAGAUAAUGAAAUAAAGUGAAAAACUCAUCCUGAAGAUCUUUUAAGUGAUUUUGAACUCAAACCAAGCUGUGACUCUUUCUACUGUGGUUCCUGCAGACGAUGCUUUUAUUUCCUCGGUGGUCUUUAAGAAAAAUAAUGAUGAUAAUUACGGAAUCUUUCUAUCAGAUGCAAAAUGUCUGUGUAGCAUCCUGUCUUUCCCUUUUCCUUCCUUUUGUAAAUACUGGAAAGCUUUGAUUUGACUUGGAGGCGGAAUGUAACUCUGCUUACGAGGCAGCGGCUACUAAAGCUCCUGCUGGAGGUGCUCGGACGUCUCUGAGCUCACGAUGCGAAAUAAAUGUGAAUGAAACUUCUGAA